AUGAGCGAUAAACAAAAAGAUAAAAAAGAAAUUCGUGUUUGGUGUGAUGGAUGUUAUGACAUGGUCCACUUUGGGCAUGCAAAUUCUCUAAGACAAGCCAAAGCAUUAGGAGAUGUGUUAAUAGUUGGUAUACAUACAGAUGAAGAAAUAUCUAAGCAUAAAGGCCCUCCAGUAUUUACACAAGAAGAACGCUAUAAAAUGGUUCGUGCUAUUAAAUGGGUUGAUCAGGUGGUAGAAGGAGCACCUUAUGUUACAACCUUAGAAACCUUAGAUAAAUAUCAAUGCGACUUUUGUGUACAUGGAGAUGACAUCACAGUGACUGCAGAUGGAAUAGAUACAUAUCAUUUAGUUAAAAAAGCUAACAGAUACAGGGAAGUCCCUCGGACGGCUGGUGUGUCUACAACGGACUUAGUGGGCAGAAUGCUACUGCUGACAAGAGAACAUUUCAAGAGAGGUGAUAAAGAGUACUCGGUGGCAUUGGAACACUCGUCAAAUCUUGGUACAGAUUCUACUGCCAGGUCACCAUAUACAGGCUGUUCUCAGUUUUUGCCAACAACCCAGAAAAUUAUACAAUUCAGUAGCGGACUUUCUCCUAAACCUACUGACAAGGUGGUAUAUGUCGCAGGUGCAUUCGAUCUCUUUCACGUUGGCCAUCUCGACUUCUUGGAAGCUGCUCACGCUCAAGGUGAUUUUCUCAUCGUGGGCUUGCAUACGGAUCUGGAGGUUAAUCGGUACAAAGGGUCGAACCACCCAAUUAUGAAUUUACACGAGCGUGUACUGUCCGUGCUUGCUUGUAAGUACGUUCAUGAAGUGGUGAUUGGAGCACCGUAUAGUGUGACCGCCGAUUUAAUGGACCAUUUUAAAGUUCAAGUGGUAUGCCAUGGACUUACGCCAAUAGCACCUGAUGCAGACGGUUCCGACCCAUACUUGGUGCCAAAACAACGUGGAUGUUUCAAAACAUUAAAUUCAGGAAACUCCAUGACAACUGAUGAUAUCGUUCAGAGAAUUAUACGCCACCGCCUUGAAUUCGAGUUGCGUAACACACGUAAGGAGCAAAAGGAGACGUCUCUAAUGAAAACCCUGCAGAGAGAUCACUUAAAACAAAAUGGCGAUUGUGAUGUGAAAAACGAUUCAUGUUAA